UGCCCCUAUAGAUGGAUGAGGUUGAAUUUGUCUAUGACGACGACCUUGUUGACGUCGAGCUUGAGGAUUCCCCGAAAUACGAAUUCCAGUGUGUGGACCAGGACCUUGAUGGAUAGAGGUUGUUGGUUGUUGUUGAUAAGGCUGUUGUCCUUGAGGUUGGUGAUAGGGAUGUUGCUGUUGAUAAGGUUGGUGAUAGGGAUGUUGUUCUUGAGGCUGUUGAUAAAAUUGUUGUUGAUAAGGAUGUUGUUGUUGAUAAGGUUGUUGUUGUUGGUAAGGUUGUUGAAAAGGCUGCUGAUAGAACUGUUGUUGUUGAUAAGGAAUUCGAUGUACAUUUCCACUUAAUUUUAAAAGUUUUUCAAAAAAG